GCGAGGACGAAGACUCUUCUCCCCCUCCCCACCGCACCUUCUCUCUCUCUAUAUAUCAGAACACUGCCUCCCUUCUCGAGUCCUCGGCGACCGCCAUUGAUGAGGAAGGAGUCUGCAGGCAACGGUUGGUCAACCGGUUACUGUCUCUGAGAGAUUGUUUCGCCCGCGAGUUCCUUUCCGUCUCUUUGGCUCUAUCUUUUUCUUGUUUGGGGGAAUGACUUCCUGUGGCUGAUAAGAGGUCUCCGUCAGCGUUUUUUUUACCUUUUUUAGUAUUUUGGUGAGAUUUUUUUCUUUUUUUCUGGAGAUGUCAUCUUUAAGCAGAGAAUUGGUGUUCCUCAUACUGCAAUUCCUCGACGAGGAGAAAUUCAAGGAGUCCGUUCACAAGUUAGAGCAGGAAUCUGGGUUCUUCUUCAAUAUGAAGUACUUUGAGGAGAAAGCACAGGCAGGCGAUUGGGAUGAGGUCGAACGGUACCUUUCAGGAUUCACCAAAGUUGAUGACAAUCGAUACUCGAUGAAGAUAUUCUUUGAAAUCAGGAAGCAGAAGUAUUUGGAAGCUCUAGACAGGCAGGACCGAGCAAAAGCCGUUGAAAUUUUGGUUAAGGAUUUGAAAGUGUUCUCUACUUUCAAUGAAGACCUCUACAAGGAGAUCACCCAACUUCUUACGCUGGAAAACUUCAGGGAAAAUGAACAAUUAUCAAAGUAUGGCGACACAAAGUCAGCUAGAAGCAUUAUGCUGUUAGAGCUGAAAAAACUUAUUGAAGCCAACCCUUUGUUUCGAGAGAAGCUGGUAUUCCCAACACUAAAAGCGUCGAGAUUGAGAACCUUAAUUAAUCAAAGUUUGAAUUGGCAGCACCAGCUCUGUAAGAAUCCAAGGUCAAACCCAGAUAUCAAAACGUUGUUCACUGACCAUUCAUGCCAGCCUCCGAAUGGUGCUCGUGCUCCAACACCUGUUACAGUUCCUCUUCCUGGGGGGCUCAAGAACCCUGCAUACACAGCUCUUGGUGCUCAUGGGCCUUUCCCUCCAACGGCAGCCAAUGCAAACGCUUUAAGUGGUUGGAUGACGAAUGCAAAUGCUUCUUCUUCUGUCCAGUCUGCUGUUGUUGCUGCAUCAGCAAUUCCAGUUCCACCAAAUCAAGUUUCCCUUCUGAAGCGUCCUAGGACUCCUUCAAAUGGUCUAGGUGUGGAUUACCAAAGUGCAGAUUCUGAACAGCUUAUGAAGCGGCUGCGACCCGCAGCUGCAUCUAUUGAUGAGUUAACCUAUCCAGCUCCAGUUUCACAACCAUCAUGGUCAUUGGAAGACCUUCCUAGAACUGUUGCACGUAAUAUUAGUCAAGGCUCUACUGUCACAAGCAUGGACUUCCAUCCUACACAUCAGACUUUGCUUCUCGUUGGUUCUAGCAAUGGUGAAAUAACACUGUGGGAGGUUGGUUCUCGGGAAAGGUUGUUAUCCAAACCAUUCAAGAUAAGAGAUAUGGCUGCAUGCUCGUUGCCAUUCCAGGCUACAAUGGCCAAGGACUUUUCUGUAUCUAUUAGUAAAGUUACGUGGAGCCCUGAUGGUAGUUUGAUGGGGAUUGCAUUUACAAAGCACCUGGUCCAUUUGUAUGCCUAUCCGGGUCAUGCUGAUUUGCGACACCAUUUGGAGAUUGAUGCUCACAUUGGUGGAGUGAAUGAUUUAGUGUUUUCUCAUCCAAAUAAGCAACUCUGCUUUGUAACCUGUGGAGAUGACAAAUUGAUAAAGAUAUGGGAUCUGAAUGGCAGAAGACUAUAUACUUUUGAGGGACAUGAGGCACCUGUUUAUUCUGUGUGUCCUCAUCAUAAAGAAAGUAUUCAGUUUAUUUUUUCAACUGCUCUUGAUGGGAAAAUAAAGGCAUGGUUAUAUGACAAUUUGGGUUCAAGAGUAGAUUAUGAUGCUCCUGGGCGCUGGUGUACAACAAUGAUGUAUAGUGCUGAUGGAAGUAGAUUGUUUUCUUGUGGAACAAGUAAAGAUGGGGAAUCAUAUCUAGUUGAGUGGAAUGAAAGUGAAGGCUCCAUUAAAAGAAAUUAUGUUGGAUUCAAAAAGAAAUCUAUUGGUAUUGUGCAAUUUGAUACCACAAAAAAUCAUUUUCUGGCUGUUGGUGAAGAUAACCAAAUUAAGUUUUGGGACAUGGAUCAUGUUAACAUUCUCACAACAACAGACGCUGAUGGUGGACUUGAGAAUUUGCCCCGGUUGAGAUUCAAUAAGGAUGGAAGCCUUCUAGCUGUUACUACGGCAGAUAAUGGCUUCAAGGUACUUGCUAAUGCAGAUGGCCUUCGGUAUCUGCGGUCUAUCGAAAACCGUACUUUUGAAGCACAUAGGGCAGCCGUUGAUACUCCUCUAAUAAAGCAGGUAUCUGGUGCUGCUGCAACUGCAGCUGCAAACAUUAGCCCAGUAGUUAGCAGAGUGGAUCGACCUGAUGGAACUUCCCCUUCUCGCCCUCCUGCUGUUCUUAAUGGAGUUGAAUCAGCAGUAAGGGGUACAGAGAAGCCAAGGGUAUUAGAUGAUAUGCCUGAUAAAACCAAGACUUGGGAGUUGGCUGAGGUUACUGAUCCUGUUAAAUGUCGGGUAGUGACAAUGCCGGAAAAUACUGAUCCUCCUGUCAAGGUAUUACGACUCCUUUAUACUAACUCUGGCGUCGGCCUAUUAGCACUUGGGUCAAAUGGAAUCCAGAGACUCUGGAAAUGGGGCCGAUCUGAGCAAAAUCCAAGUGGGAAGGCUACCGCCAAUAUUGUUCCUCAACAUUGGCAACCAAGCAGUGGCCUUCUGAUGACUAACGAUCUCCCAGAUACCAACACUGAAGAGGUAGUUCCAUGUAUAGCACUCUCAAAGAAUGAUUCGUAUGUGAUGUCAGCAUCAGGCGGGAAAGUGUCACUUUUUAACAUGAUGACAUUUAAGGUGAUGACAACAUUCAUGGCACCUCCUCCAGCUUCAACAUUUUUAGCAUUUCAUCCUCAGGACAAUAACAUAAUAGCGAUUGGGAUGGAAGAUUCAACAAUUCAUAUAUAUAAUGUUCGUGUGGAUGAGGUUAAGACAAAAUUGAAGGGUCAUCAGAAACGCAUAACAGGACUGGCCUUCUCCAAUAGUCUUAAUGUCCUUGUCUCUUCAGGUGCUGAUGCCCAACUUUGUGUUUGGAACACAGAUACAUGGGAGAAGCGAAAGUCAAUCAUGAUUCAAAUGCCAGGGGGAAAGGCAUCUGGUGGGGACACAAGGGUUCAGUUCCAUUCUGACCAGACCCGCUUGUUGGUGGUUCAUGCGACUCAGCUUGCAGUUUAUGACAUCUCCAAGUUGGAGCGCAUCAGACAGUGGGUGCCUCAGGAUCUUCUAGCUGCUCCUAUUUCCUCUGCUGCAUAUUCCUACAACAGCCAACUUGUUUUUGCUUCUUUCUGUGAUGGAAAUAUUGGUGUAUUUGAUGCUGAAUGCUUGAGACUGAGGUGCCGCAUAUCUCCAUCUGCAUAUUUGUCCUUGACGGCAACAAACAGCUCAAUGGCGUACCCUCUUGUGGUUGCCACACCCCCAUUCGAGUCAAAUCAAUUUGCUGUAGGGUUGACAGAUGGAGCCGUUAAGGUGAUAGAGCCAUCUGAAUCGGAAGGAAAGUGGGGAACAUCACCUCCUGCAGAUAACGGGCUGCCAAAUGGUGGGUUGGUUGCUCAAUCCGCAAUCAGUAGCCAAGCCUCUGAGCAGACUUCAAGAUGAUAAUGACAUCGUGUAUGUAAUUUUCCCUUCGAAUGCGGUCUGCACCUGUGGUUACUUACCUUGUACAAUAGCAGUAGGUUACCUUCUUUUAACCUUUGAUCUGAAAGUCAGGAUAGAGAAAGGGCCAAGGAAGUGAGUGAUUAACAGAUUCGUCUUCUAUUGAUGAUGUGAUUAUUUGUUGCUGUCUUGUCGGUGUCUUGUCCAGUGUUCCUUAACUGUACAUUGUUGGUCCUUUGAUGUGGCAUUAAUCUUGAAUCACAUACAAGUUUUGGUUUA